AUGAAGGAGGUGAGCGUCUGCAGAGUCCUGUCCGUGUGGUUGAAUCUGGCCAUGGGCUUCGCUCCCUGGAACAGCAGGAUGUUUGGCACUGCCACCGUCCCGAACCUGGUGGAGAGGCUGCGGAGGAGGAGGAGCGGAGGCGUCUCACCUGCCGCGCCGAGAGGCGUCUCACCUGCCGAGAGGCGUCUCACCUGCCGAGAGGCGUCUCACCUGCUGCGCCGAGAGGCGUCUCACCUGCUGCGCCGAGAGGCGUCUCACCUGCCGAGAGGCGUCUCACCUGCCGAGAGGCGUCUCACCUGCUGUGCUGAGAGGCGUCUCACCUGCCGAGAGGCGUCUCACCUGCUGCGCCGAGAGGCGUCUCACCUGCUGCGCCGAGAGGCGUCUCACCUGCUGCGCCGAGAGGCGUCUCACCUGCCGAGAGGCGUCUCACCUGCUGUGCUGAGAGGCGUCUCACCUGCCGAGAGGCGUCUCACCUGCUGCGCCGAGAGGCGUCUCACCUGCUGCGCCGAGAGACGUCUCACCUGCUGCGCCGAGAGGCGUCUCACCUGCCGAGAGGCGUCUCACCUGCUGUGCCGAGAGGCGUCUCACCUGCUGUGCCGAGAGGCGUCUCACCUGCUGUGCCGAGAGGCGUCUCACCUGCUGUGCCGAGAGGCGUCUCACCUGCUGUGCCGAGAGGCGUCUCACCUGCCGAGAGGCAGGCGUCUCACCUGCCGAGAGGCGUCUCACCUGCCGAGAGGCGUCUCACCUGCCGAGAGGCGUCUCACCUGCCGAGAGGCGUCUCACCUGCUGCGCCGAGAGGCGUCUCACCUGCUGCGCCGAGAGGCGUCUCACCUGCUGCGCCGAGAGGCGUCUCACCUGCUGCGCCGAGAGGCGUCUCACCUGCUGCGCCGAGAGGCGUCUCACCUGCUGCGCCGAGAGGCGUCUCACCUGCUGCGCCGAGAGGCGUCUCACCUGCUGCGCCGAGAGGCGUCUCACCUGCUGCGCCGAGAGGCGUCUCACCUGCCGAGAGGCGUCUCACCUGCCGAGAGGCGUCUCACCUGCCGAGAGGCGUCUCACCUGCUGCGCCGAGAGGCGUCUCACCUGCUGCGCCGAGAGGCGUCUCACCUGCCGAGAGGCGUCUCACCUGCCGAGAGGCGUCUCACCUGCUGUGCUGAGAGGCGUCUCACCUGCCGAGAGGCGUCUCACCUGCUGCGCCGAGAGGCGUCUCACCUGCUGCGCCGAGAGGCGUCUCACCUGCUGCGCCGAGAGGCGUCUCACCUGCCGAGAGGCAGGCGUCUCACCUGCCGAGAGGCGUCUCACCUGCUGCGCCGAGAGGCGUCUCACCUGCUGCGCCGAGAGGCGUCUCACCUGCUGCGCCGAGAGGCGUCUCACCUGCUGCGCCGAGAGGCGUCUCACCUGCUGCGCCGAGAGGCGUCUCACCUGCUGCGCCGAGAGGCGUCUCACCUGCUGCGCCGAGAGGCGUCUCACCUGCUGCGCCGAGAGGCGUCUCACCUGCUGCGCCGAGAGGCGUCUCACCUGCUGCGCCGAGAGGCGUCUCACCUGCUGCGCCGAGAGGCGUCUCACCUGCUGCGCCGAGAGGCGUCUCACCUGCUGCGCCGAGAGGCGUCUCACCUGCUGCGCCGAGAGGCGUCUCACCUGCUGCGCCGAGAGGCGUCUCACCUGCUGCGCCGAGAGGCGUCUCACCUGCUGCGCCGAGAGGCGUCUCACCUGCUGCGCCGAGAGGCGUCUCACCUGCCGAGAGGCGUCUCACCUGCUGUGCCGAGAGGCGUCUCACCUGCCGAGAGGCGUCUCACCUGCUGCGCCGAGAGGCGUCUCACCUGCUGCGCCGAGAGGCGUCUCACCUGCCGAGAGGCGUCUCACCUGCCGAGAGGCGUCUCACCUGCCGAGAGGCGUCUCACCUGCCGAGAGGCGUCUCACCUGCUGCGCCGAGAGGCGUCUCACCUGCUGCGCCGAGAGGCGUCUCACCUGCCGAGAGGCGUCUCACCUGCCGAGAGGCGUCUCACCUGCUGCGCCGAGAGGCGUCUCACCUGCUGCGCCGAGAGGCGUCUCACCUGCUGCGCCGAGAGGCGUCUCACCUGCUGCGCCGAGAGGCGUCUCACCUGCUGCGCCGAGAGGCGUCUCACCUGCUGCGCCGAGAGGCGUCUCACCUGCUGCGCCGAGAGGCGUCUCACCUGCCGAGAGGCGUCUCACCUGCCGAGAGGCGUCUCACCUGCUGUGCUGAGAGGCGUCUCACCUGCCGAGAGGCGUCUCACCUGCUGUGCUGAGAGGCGUCUCACCUGCUGUGCCGAGAGGCGUCUCACCUGCUGUGCCGAGAGGCGUCUCACCUGCUGUGCCGAGAGGCGUCUCACCUGCUGUGCCGAGAGGCGUCUCACCUGCUGUGCUGAGGCGUCUCACCUGCUGUGCUGA